AUGGAUGACCUCUACGACGAGUUCGGAAACUUCAUCGGCGAAGUCGCCUCCGACGAGGAAGAAGGCCUCCAAGAUGGCGACGCGGUGGGCCAGCAGUAUGUCUACAACGAGGACUCAGAUGGCGCCGAAGAGCCAGCGGCGACAAACGGGGACAUGGACGUUGACGAGCAGCCUAUGUCGAACGCAGUCGUGCUUCACGAAGACAAGCAAUACUACCCGACCGCGCAGCAAGUCUAUGGCGAGGAUGUCGAGACUAUGGUACAGGAGGAAGAUGCACAACCACUGUCUGUGCCCAUAAUAGCGCCUGUCGCGCAAAAGAAGUUCCAGGUGCAGGAGGCAGAUCUGCCACCAGUUUACUACUCGAGAGAGUUCAUGAGUGAUCUACUGAGCUUCCCAGAAGGUAUAAGGAAUAUUGCGAUCGCAGGGCAUUUACACCACGGUAAGACUGCUUUUGUGGAUAUGUUGGUCAUGCAGACACACGACUUGCAGGAAAGGAUGGACAGAAAGGUCGGGAAGAAGAGGGACGAGCAGUUGCGGUACACCGACACCCACUUCUUGGAACGGGAAAGAGGCGUCAGCAUAAAGAGCGCGCCCAUAAGUCUGGUCAUGCAAGGAACAAAAGGCAAAUCACAUCUGCUCAACAUCAUCGAUACUCCAGGACAUAUCAAUUUUGUGGACGAAGUGGCCUCGAGUCUGCGACUAGUCGACGGUGUUGUGCUUGUGGUCGAUGUUGUGGAAGGUGUGCAAGUCGGUGCUGAGCAGGCGAUCAAACAUGCCGUGUUAGAGGAUCUGCCUAUGGUCUUGGUGAUCAACAAAAUGGAUCGCUUGAUCCUGGAAUUAAAGCUGCCACCAGCCGACGCGUACUUCAAGUUGAAGCAUGUGGUGGAGGAAGUCAACACAAUCAUCGAAAACACCAUGCCCGGGCAAGGCGAGCAGAGGAGAUUAUCACCAGAGAAGGGCAACGUUGCUUUUGCGUGUUCAGAGAUGGACUGGAUAUUCACUCUACCCUCAUUCGCGAAGAUGUAUGCCGACACAUUCGCCAAGGUCGAUGCCUACGAAUUUGGUCGCAGACUUUGGGGCGACAUCUUCUUCAAUCCCGGUAGCCGGAAAUUCACGAGGAAAGCGGUCGAGGAGGGCGCACGGAGAGCGUUUGUGCAUUUUGUGCUUGAGCCGAUCUACAAGCUGUACUCACACACGAUCAGCGAGUCACCUCAGGACCUGGCCUCGACACUAGCGUCAUUGAACAUUUCUCUGAAGCCAGCUCAGCUGAAGUCCGACGCGAAAGUAUUACUCAAGCUUGUUUGCGCCCGAUUCUUCGGACCGGCUAACGGCUUUGUUGACAUGGUCACAACACAUAUUCCAUCACCUGUCGAGGGCAACCAACGGCAAGUCGAGAAAUACUACACAGGUCCUCACAAUCAGGACUCGCCAGCAGUGGAAGCUAUGCUGAAGUGUGAUGCUGACGGCCCACUUAUCGUUGAGAUCACGAAGCUGUUUACUGAUUCAGAUGUGAAGAAUUUCAAUGCUUUUGGUCGUAUCCUGUCAGGGACCGCCACGUCAGACAUGCCGGUACGCGUCUUGGGCGAGUCGUUCAGUCUCGAUGAUGAGGAGGAUGCAGCGAACGCUACCAUCACAGCCGUCCACUUAGCAUGUAGUCGGUACAACAUACCAGUCUCAGGUGUUCCAGCUGGCAACUUGGUCCUCCUAUCCGGCAUCGACAAUUCGAUAUCGAAAACGGCAACAGUAGUGUCUCCCAAUGUCGAAGAACCAUACAUCUUCACGCCGAUCCGACACUACACGGAAUCAGUCUUCAAGAUCGCCGUCGAGCCAGUCAACCCGUCCGAGCUCCCCAAGAUGCUGGCAGGUCUGCGACAAAUAAACAAAUCGUACCCUUUGGUCACCACCAAAGUCGAAGAAAGCGGCGAGCAUAUCGUCCUUGGUACAGGCGAGCUCUAUAUGGACUGCGUUCUGCACGACCUGCGUACACUCUACGCCGAAAUGGACAUCAAGGUGUCCGAUCCAGUCACCCGCUUCUGCGAAACCGUCACAGAGACCAGCGCAAUCAUGUGCUACGCACUCACGCCGAACAAGAAGAAUAAAAUCACUAUGAUCUCCGAACCCCUGGACGACGGCAUCGCCCAAGCCAUCGAGUCUGGCGUUGUCAAAAUCCGCUCUCCGAUACGGCAGGUCGCCAAGUUCUUCGAAGAACAAUAUGACUGGGACAAGCUCGCGGCACGUUCGAUUUGGGCUUUUGGGCCAGAAGAAAUGUCGCCAAACAUCCUCUGCGACGACACUCUACCUUCCACAACCGACAAGAAACUCCUCAAGUCUGUCCAAGAGAGCAUCAAGCAGGGAUUCAGCUGGGGCACCCGCGAGGGCCCCUUGUGCGAAGAGCCGAUUCGUAAUGCCAAAUUCCGCGUCACGAGUGCGGAUCUUGCCAGUGAGCCAAUCUAUCGCGGUGGCGGGCAAAUCAUUCCUACCGCCCGCCGUGCCGUCUACAGCAGCUUUCUAAUGGCACAGCCUCGCCUCAUGGAACCAGUGUACUCCGUCUCAGUCACAGGCCCGACCGAUUCCGUAUCCGUGCUCUACAAUGUGCUCACGAAGCGCCGCGGGCACGUCGUAUCCGAUGGCCCCGUGGCUGGAACACCGCUUUACCACGCCAAAGCCCUCCUGCCAGUGAUAGAUAGCUUCGGCUUCGAGACAGACCUGCGCAUCCAGACGCAAGGAGCGACGAGCGUCCAGAUGGUGUUCGAGCGUUGGGAGACCGUGCCUGGGGAUCCGAUGGACAAGAUGCAAAAGACCCGGCCACUGGAGAUGGCAGAUGCCAGGGGUAUGGCACGAGAUUUCGUGCUCAAGACGAGAAGGAGAAAGGGUCUGAGUGAGGACGUGGACGUGAAGCGAUUCUUGGAGGCGGAACUUUUGCAAGGUCUCAAGGAGAGUGGUGUGCUGGAUUGA